GCGACUCGGGAGAGAGCCGCGGCGGAGCCCGGCCGCUCUCCCGGCAUGGCCAUGGCGUCCCCGGCCAUCGGGCAGCGCCGGUAUCCGCUGCUCUUAGACCCAGAGCCGCCGCGAUACCUGCAGAGCCUGAGCGGCCCCGAGCCCCAGCCGCCGCCCGCGACCCGGUCCUCGCGCCGCUGCUGCCCCGCGCCCCUGUCCACGGCGCUCGAGGGACGCGGCGCUCGGAGAGCCUCCCGGGGGGACCCGGAGCCCCAGUCUCGGGCCUCCAGACCUGCGCGUGCCCUCCGGCCUGGUCUGCAGCCGAGACUGCGGCGGCGGCCUGGGGCGCCCCGGCCCCGCGACGUGCGGAGCAUCUUCGAGCAGCCGCAGGAUCCCCGCGUCCCGGCGGAGCGAGGCGAGGGCCACUGCUUCAGCGAACUGGCGCUGCCGAGCGGUCGCGGCUGGUGUGACCUGUGCGGACGCGAGGUGCUGCGGCAGGCGCUGCGCUGCGCCAACUGUAAAUUCACCUGCCACCCGGAGUGCCGCCGCCUGAUCCAGCUGGACUGCAGUCAAAAGGGAGGCACCCCCCUGGACAGACUUUCCCCAGAAAGCACCCUCACUGCACCCUCGGGCCAGGAUGUGUGCAAGGCAGCCGAGGAGGUGCAGCGGCCGCCCACGCUGCAGGAGAUCAGGCAGAAGAUCGAGAGCUACAACAGCCUGGAGAAGAACUGCCUGGGCAUGAAGCUGAGCGAAGAUGGCACCUACACGGGCUUCAUCAAAGUGCACCUGAAGCUUCGGCGGCCGGUGACGGUGCCUGCAGGGAUCCGGCCCCAGUCCAUGUAUGACGCCAUCAAGGAGGUGAACCUGGCGGCCACCACGGACAAGCGGACGUCCUUCUACCUGCCGCUCGACGCCAUCAAGCAGCUGCACAUCAGCAGCACCACCACGGUCAGCGAGGUCAUCCAGGGACUCCUCAAGAAGUUCAUGGUGGUAGACAAUCCCCAGAAGUUUGCCCUGUUCAAGCGGAUACACAAGGACGGGCAAGUCCUCUUCCAGAAGCUGUCCAUUGCUGAUUGCCCCCUGUACCUGCGCCUCCUUGCCGGGCCUGACACAGAAGUCCUCAGCUUUGUGCUAAAGGAGAACGAAACUGGAGAGGUGGAGUGGGACGCCUUCUCCAUCCCCGAGCUCCAGAACUUCCUGACAAUCCUGGAAAAAGAAGAACAGGACAAAAUCCAGCAAGUGCGGAAGAAAUACGACAAGUUUAGGCAGAAACUGGAGGAGGCCUUGAGAAGAUCCCAGGGCAAACCCGGCUAACCAGUCCUGCUUCCUCCUCCCUGGGGCCCACGGAUUUAUUUGUAUUAUUAUUAUUUUGCAACGGACACUUUUUCUCAGGACACCGCUGGUAGGUGCGCGUGCUUGUCCUGAGCUCCCACGGGGCGUGGACCCCGCUGGAUACGUGGGUUCCGCCUCCGUCCUAGGCCAAGGGGUGGACCUAUGAGAGCACUGCACCCCUGUGCCACCGUGAAGGCUCCCACUGGCUGGACCUGUCACCUCAGUUGGCAAAGGAAAAGGAUGAAGUCUUAGAGUUACAUGUUCUCUGCCGGCUUUAGUCUUCCUCAGUUUCUCUUGUUUGCCACCAUUGUUUCUGUAUUUAUGAGUCUUAAGUGUAGGAUCGUCCUUCUGCAGAGCUGAGCUAAGCCCCGGACGGCAGGAUAAUGCUCCCUCACCACCCAAAGGUGCCUGUUGCUCAUGCUUAAGGGGGCUCGUAAUGCCACCGGUCCUGGUUGCUCCGGUGAAGGCGCCAAAGCUGGGGUCGCCCUAGGUGUGGAGGAGCUGCCACCUGCCCUGGUCCUGGUCACCUGCCUGUGCACGUGGAAAGCCAGCAGCGUUGUGUCUCUGCACGUGUGUGUCUACGUUGACGACUGUCUCUUAAUAUUGCCAUCCUCAGGGUGUCUACUGAGGGAAACCAGCCAUUUACCAUUUGCAAAGUCCUGCUGUGUACAGUAAUAGUUACAGAAAACCAAAAAGCAUCUCAGAGAACUGUGUCCAAGCUCUCAUCUCCCCCCUCCAGCCACGCCUCCCCACCCUUGCUGGAGAGCAUGGGAGGGCCUGGCAGCCUCAGUUUCCCCCACGGCCUCCAGCACUGCCUCCCUCUCCCACCGAGACUCUGGACUCUGCAGCCUGCAGAGAGGGCAGCGUCCCCUCGCCACUGUGGAGUCCUUUCCACUCAGAAGCCUGGCCGGCCCCUGGCACUGUGCUUGGUGCGCCCGUGGGCCUGGCCGCCCGCUGACCUCAGUGCCUUUUUGUUUGCAGAGGGAGACGGGAGCAGCAGCAUUGUGUGCCUGAAGCUUUGCUGCUGGCUUGCUCCUGUCGGGAAUGGACACCAGUGGGGGACAAGGCCAGGCGAGCCCUACCUCCGGUAAGGGGCAAGGGUCACGGACCUCUUCCCCACCUAAGGCCCUGGACUCUGACUUCUAAGUCAUUGACUUCUAAUAACUGCAUUGACUGGGAAGCUACAUUCCCAGUUAUUUGUCCUGGCUGCUUGCUUAGAUUCAACUGAAGCUAGCCAAACCAUCCAAACCAGUGGAUCAGGGCUAGCAAGCUCUCACGCAGAAGCACAGGACUUCUCACUUUCCAAGCAAGGCCAGUUUUCCCAUUUAGCCCUCGAAUACCCAUUUCUUUGCUGCCCGCUGCCUUCCCAAGCCCCUGUUGGGGCGGGUCAAGCCUGAGCGGCUGUGUGUAGCCUCUGAAGUUCUGUCCUGGCGCUCGCUGCCCUGGACCCUAGAAGGAGCGCUGACCGCGUCAUGCAGACCAUGUCAUCCUCUCAGCUGCAAAAGUGAGAGAAGCUGGCAGCCUUCGAAGAUUUCUAGCAAUCUUAUUAAACCCACAAGAAACCCUAGUUUUCUGCCAUCAUGUUCAGCUUUCCUUAUGACUUCCCCUCCUUAGAAGCUCUCCCUGCCGUGUAUCAGAGGGAGGGUGCUGGGGACCUUCCGUUCAGGCUGCAUGAGAAGGCACGGCUCUGCACCACUGCUGUGAAUGCUGCUGAGAACCUUCCUCUGAUGGGGAUGGCUAUUUUAUUUUUAAGAAUAAAAAACAAAGUCAUGUACAUACAUACAUACAUAAAGGCAUAUUGCUAUAUAUAUAAAGACAGAGGCCUGAGUCUCUGAGGAAAGUGCAAGUGUCUGCCACCCUGGGUGACACGACACUGGCAGUGCCUUCUUUCAUUGUGUUGCUGUUUAUUUUGAGGAUAUUUUCUUUGUAAAUGUGUUUCUUAUCUGGGUUUUGAAAAAAGUAAUAAAAGCUUGUUGCAAAAAUGA